GGUUAGCUGAAUUGGAGGCAUAUAAAGGUCGCAAAAAACCAAAAUUUGGAAAGCCAAAAGAGUUGGCUAAUUAUAUCCUUGCAGAUUUGGUAGUACGUGGUUAUAUAGAACAAAAAAUUUCACUUACCGUUCUUCGCCAAAUGCACAAACUUUGUCAGCAAAUAUGUUUAUAA